AACAAAAUGAACAUGUGCAAAAAAGAGCAAAUAAAGACAAAUGUUUAUCCAACACAUUCGAAUCCUAACUUUUGUGUCUUCUAUCUUAAAAUUUAUUGCAUCAAAGAUCUAAUUUACCAAAAACGAGAUAUUUUGUUAUCUCGAUUUGAAAAAGAGGAAGAUCUAUUAGGCAUAUUAUUCCAUAUUUGGUGCAUGCUUUUUUAAGCAAUUGCCAGAAAAAAAUCCAGAAAUGUUAAAAUUAUGCGAUUGUUCUGUACAAAUCCUAUUUUAGUAACGAAAUAGUUUUAUUUAGAUCACAAGCAUGAAAAUGUUCACGCUUUAUGAACAGAAUAUAAUUCUUAAACUAUUUAAAACACGACGAAAUGCUGAAUAUAUUGAACUUUAUGGCUCUUGCAGUUUUAGGAACGUAUUCUUUAUGGCAGAGUAAUGCAAGUUAUUUGUGCGAAUGUAUAAAAGCUAAAGGUAAAAAUGAAAUAUAGAACGAAUCAUUUAAUCGAUCAGCGAAGAAGGAAGAAAGAAACUCAGGUAACACAUCAUAAAGAACAGCGCCAUGACGAUCUCAAAUUUGAUUAUUCUGGUGUGCAUCUCACUUGGUGGUCUAGUCAAUGCCGGUCUUAACGGAGACAUCACUCUUGAAUGUAAAGACAGACCAACAUUUGAAAUAUCGACAGUACAGGCAUUAGCCGCAGUUGGAACCGCAGUAAAUAAACCAAUGGAAGAUGGAAGGCAAAGUACCUACAAUAAAGCUCAUGUACUUCCCUGGACUUUUAUUCGAACAAAAGUCUGCGGUGAGUUUAACGAUCAAGUUGAUGAGUCAACCAAAACAGAUAAAGAGUUACAAGCCUGGCAAAAGGCUGUAAAAUUUUUUAAUAAUGUGCUCCAUACAGUGGAUGAAGAAUGGCUGGAUUUUGGUAAAAUGAACAGGAAGCAACAGACCGAUUAUAAGAAAGCCAACGAUGACAACAAGAAUGAUUGUGACACACUGAUAGACCGAGUUCAGUUGCAGAGACAAGGAAACCGAGACAUUGUCUCCAGCGUUGUUGCUGUGGCCAAGUGUAUGAACAGCGCGCCAGGAAAUCUUCGACCAGGUUUUGCCAACACUAAUGGUGCAAUUGGACAACAGCUAGACCCCAUGCUGAAACAAAAAGUUGAUGAUGGUAGAGCAAUCCAAGAAUCCGAUCUUACUGCUAAUUCCAAGCGACUUCAUGAGAAGUUUGAUUUGGCUUAUCCAACUUAUGGGGGCGGAGGUAUCAUGAGUUCUGAUCAAACGGAGCAAAAUUGAUUAUUCAGAUAAUUUAUUUCUUUAUUUUUUCUUUAUUUACGAUUAUAAUCAUUCUUAUUGAUUUAUUUAUUUAUUCAUAUAUUUAUUUAUUUACUUAUUUUAUUUUAUCAAUGUAUUUAUUAUAUUAUUAUUUAGUUAUUUAUUUUGAUUCGUUUAAUUCUAUCUCGUUAACUUUUUAACGACAUUAUACUUAUUUACUGUAUUUCAUUCCAGUAGGAUGUAAUGUGAUAAAUAUAUUUAAAGCAAUUCUAACUAUUUUUACA